AUGGGCCACCUGAGAGCAGAAGGGACGGGGGGGCUGCUCUCAGAGAGCUUGCUGGUAAAACGUAGACAACUUUGCAGGAGCCUGCCGAGGGAUCAGGUUCUGAAGAGAACGGUCACGGAGACCACAGUGAUAGAAGCAGAGUCCAGGCUGUGGAACAGGUGCUCCUUGGCCUACAUGUGCCUCUGGGACUUCUUCAGCUUUUGCACCCUUUUCCUCAACAAGUACAUCCUGUCGUUGCUGGAGGGGGAGCCGAGCAUGCUGGGUGCGGUUCAAAUGCUCUCCACCACUGUCAUUGGUUGUGUGAAGAUGUUGGUCCCCUGUUGUCUGUACCAGCACAAGUCCAGGACCAAGUACCACACCAACCUUACCAUGAUCAUGCUGUUUGUCUAACUCAUGAGGUUCAUCACUGUGGUUCUGGGCCUCCUGAGCCUGAAGAAUGUGGUGGUGUCCUUCGCAGAGAUGGUGAAGAGCUCAGCUCCCAUGUUCACUGUUGUCAUGUCCCGGCUGAUCCUCGGGGAGUACACAGUGUAUAUAAGGGCAGCUGUGGCCUAGAUGGCUGGAGAGUCGGCUUGUGACCGAAGGGUUGCCGGUUCGAUUUCCUGGACUGCCAGAUAGUUGUUGGCUGAUGUGCCCUUGAGCAUGGUACUUAACCAUCCCCAUUUGCUCCCCGGUGCCUGACAUGGUGAGUCCACUGCUCCUAGUAUGCAGUGUGUGUGACGCAUGAUCUAGUGACGGGUUACAGGCAGAAGAUAAAUUCCAGUGUGUGGUGCAUGUUAUGUGUGUGACAAAGUACUACUGACAAAAUAAAGAUUCUAUUCUAUUCUAUUCUAUUCUAUUCUAUUCUAUUCUAUUCUAUUCUAUAUGCUGUGCUAUAUUCAUUGCAAUACUUUUAACAUCAGAUUAAUACCACUUUUUAUACUUUUAUCACAUAUUUUAUUAUGUGCAAUAUUUAUUUAUGGAUUUUUCUAUAUUUUUAUA